AAAAUCUUGCGACCAUAAUUUUCUUCCUGCUUCUGCACUCUCUUAAAUAGGAACCUUCUUUACUCUUUUUCUCCAACAUUUUUCCUCUCAAAAAUCUUUUCUUUCUCUCUAAAACUAUCUUCCCUCGAUUUCAUUUCAAAAUCCCCUUUCUAUUAAAACAUGACAAAGAUUGGCAAGCUGACAAAGUUCAAGUCAGCAAUAAAAAGAUGGCCAUCUUUUACCAAGCCAGCUCGAACAAACAGCACCAUUGCUGCAAGUAAUGAGUCCGAGGACAAGAAUUCAAAGGAUCCUGAUCACCAACUCCAUGCAGUUUAUGUGGGGAAAUCUCGGCGGCGAUAUCUUUUGAGCUCUGGUACCAUUUAUCAUCCUCUCUUUCAAGAGUUGAUAGAGAGGUCAGGUGGAUUUGAUCAUGAUGGGGAAGUCGUUGUUUCUUGUGAAGUUGUCUUGUUUGAGCACUUGUUGUGGAUGCUUGAAAGCGGUGGCUCUCAAUUGGGUUCCAUGGAAGAACUUGCUGAAUUCUACUACACUUGCUAAUUGAUGUGGAUGAUGAAAUAUGAUCGAAGGCUUGCAACUGCAGAUUAAAAUUAGUAGAGAAGGAAAGCAACAAAAAAAAAAAAAUAAAGAUGGUGAGGGUUAACCUAUUAAAUGGUUCAAUGGUUGAUGGAUGUUGAUGUUCUCUUUAUCUUUAUAUUUUCUUCAUCUUUUUCUAAGACCUGAGUCCCACACAUCUUCACAUAGUCGCCACUACUAGACCAACUGAUAGUUACUAGGAUUUGUUAUUAUCCAAAUGAUAAAUGAUAAUGCUGAAUGAUAAAUGUGGCACCACCACCUUCUGUA